AUGCCUUCCGCACUCAUGGAGAACAGAAAUGGCGAGCGCGACUAUGAUCAGGAGGGGGAGGAGAAGUCUCUUCACGAGCUUCUGACCUCUUCCUUGGUCGACGUCUACGUCGGUCAGGACUCGACCCGCUGGUCUCUCCACGAGGAACUCCUCUGCUACCACUCACCCGUCUUCUCGUCCGUCUUCCGCGAGGAUGGAAAGGACGAGGAGAAGAAAUCUGGGGGAGGAACCACCAACAAGGCCUACCACCUCACGGACGAUGACGAUUACCCGUUUGAGCUUAUGGUCGGCUGGCUGUACUCCAAGUCUCUGCAGACGCCAAAGACGGAAAAGGACAUCGGCCCUCUCCUUGACUUGUAUCUGCUCUCGGAGAAGUUGCAGAUCAAAAAGCUCAGCACCGACGUAGUCGAAGCGGUCCGAGAAUUCUACCACAGCACCUCUACCUACCCAGGCCUGCGCCGAGUCCAAUACAUCUAUGCCGAGACGGACGAGGACAACGAGAUGCGCGAGAUGAUGGUCUCUUCGGUUGCGCGCCAGUUGACCACCAGCGACAAGAUCCCCGCACAUUGGGCGACGGCCCUGAAGCGCAACGGACAACUCGCCGUCGACAUCAUCCGGGCGAUUCAACAAUGGCACAUUGAGGAGCGUAGCAUCCCCGACGUCCGUGACGGCAGCCGGAUCCGGGGUCGAUUGCUCAACGGCAACAUCUUCAGCGCGGUCGAGCGUGCCGCCAAGUCGCACGAGACGGAUGACACCAAUGACACGAACCUGGGGGUCGAGAGUCUGAACAGCGGACCGAGUGAUGCACCGAAUGUGAAGAGCGACGCUGAAGAGUAA